AUGUCAGGUUCCGCAGGAAGUAACGGCUCGGUUGACCAUGCAGCAAAUAAAGAAGUACAGUCAGGGACGGUAAAGCAGACAGACCAUAUAUGCCGUGUACUACACCGGUCGACUUCUCACCCGAGCGUCUGUUUAUCCCUUGGAAGCUUCCAGCUGUCAAUGUAUUUGCUAACCGCAGAAGAAAAUGAUCGCAUCUCGUACCAUAAGUGUGACUUGAGUGAUGAGCAAGAAAUCGCAGCUGUUUGCGGGAAAAUCAGAUCCGAAUUCGGCCAUCCCACAGUCCUAGUCAACAAUGCUGGUCUGUCGCGUGGGCGGACUAUCGUCGAGGGCACAUACAGCGACAACAACAUAACGCUAAAAACUAAUCUCCUGGCACCGUUCCUCCUCUCACGGGAAUUCCUCCCGACGAUGAUCUGCCGAAAUCACGGGCAUAUUUUCAACAUCGCCUCGAUGAGCGCCUAUAUUCCAGCGCCUGGGCUUGCAGAUUAUGCUGCGUCAAAAGCUGGGUUGAUUGCGUUCCAUGAGUGCCUUUCCCAAGAGCUUCGGGUCCAGAAUAGGCCAAAGGUUCGCACCUCUCUUGCAGUGCUGGGCUUCACAAAAACGCCACUAUUUAAAGGAGAGACAAAUCAGUCGCAGUUCCUGAUGCCAGUUUUGCAUGUUGACACCGUUGUGGACGCGAUUGUGGAUACACUUGACAGUGGGCUAAGUCAGACAAUCUUCCUCCCUGGAAUAUUUGGCCUUUUUGCAGGAUUAGUGAGUUCCCUCUUUUUUGAGGCAGGAUUACCGUUAACGGACUUCCAGCGAGGAGCACCUGACUGGUUUCAGAAUCUAGUACGGAGUGGCACCAAAUCGCUGAAAGUCGAUUUUAAAGGUCGACAGGAAAUUGAUCCUGAGACGGGGAGACUUGUGAGAUGA